ACAACUCAAGUGUCGUCUGAUGGAGUCCUUAACCUUCAGAAUGACAUCAACGCCACCUCACAGUCGCCGACACAGCCUGCGUCUCAAGUGUUUGCAGGGGGAUGGUGUGCCAAUACCGGAGCGAAAGCAGCGCAACUCAAUGUUCACUUCCGGAACGGAUAUGGAAUCAAGGGCAUUAUCAUAUAUCCUUUGAACCAGAACAGUUACGCCAAACGCGUGCACGUGAUGUUCAGUCCGAAUGGCGGGAAUCAGAUCCAGGAAUUUCCGGUUCCAGCCGGUCAGCUGGUGAUGGAACUCAAUUCUACACUAGCGUCCAGUCAGAUGGGUUUCAGUACAGGCAUCGCCGUCACCCAGCUGAGGUUUGAAGUCUUGUCGCACGAGGGACCAAACGCCUGUAUGAGACUUGAACUGAUCGGGUGCCCACUGGACGAGCUGUGUCCGGGAGGUUGCCAAAACAACGGUAUCUGUCAGUAUGAAGGUCAAUGCGCAUGCCGACCAGGAUGGGAGGGGAAGAACUGCGAAAUGAAACAGUGCACCCCACAGGCCCUGGGUUUGGCGGACGGCAGUAUCCCGGCUUCCAACAUCAAGGUCUCCUCACAGGACCCAAAUCAUCCAAGUGACAAGCUAGGCACAAAGGGCUGGUGUCCAUCCGAUGUCGAUCGGUCGCCCUGGGUACAAAUUACGCUGGACAAGCCUAUGGCCGUCAGUGUGUUUGAAUUCGGAUACCUCGAUCGCGCAGAGGGAGAUCCGAAAUUGUUCAUCAAAGAGUUCAACCUUCAGUAUGUCGCACCGGUGGACUCUACAAAAAGCUUGCGGACUUUUGCAGACAACAUUCCGGCUCUAAAUGGGACGCACUAUUUCACAGUGAGCACCAAUCCCGUGAUAGUAACCGACACCAUCAGGAUAGUUCCAGUGAAUCAGGAAAUCAGAGCAUGCUUCAAACUGGAACUUAAAGGAUGUGACCCGACAGGGAUGUGCACGGCCAACUGGUGCAAGAACAACGGCACGUGCAUCGGCCAGAACGUCUGCAAAUGUCCGACAGGAUACUUCGGAGAUCAGUGCGACCAGACACCAACCCAGAUCGUGGCCACUCAGCUGGCGUUCGUCAACAUCACCAACAACGUUCUUAUCACCGCCGUCCCCUCCAUAAACUUCGCAGUGCAUGGUAACGUCAUCCUAACUGCGGUUCCCGGCAAACCGGAUCCGGUUCUUAACAUCCAGGGAACCAACAGCUACAUUCAGAUGAACGUCACCGCCAACUCGGCCUCUUGCAUCACCGACAUCGACCUCUGCACUUCCGGUUUCACGUUCGCCGUUGACGUCAGUUUUACUUCACUCCUGGACAACACGUACAUCGUGUCCAGCGGCGGGAAUCUGCCCGGUCACAAGGGCGUGGCGCUGUAUUACUCUCAGAACCACCUCUACUAUAUCGUCAGUUCGUCUACGUUCACAUGGUCGCUAGUUGUGACCUACACGCCUGCUCUAAACGUCUGGCAACACUUCGAGAUCACAUGGAACCCGCAUUUGGGUGUGGAUAUUCUGGUAAACGGACAUUCUCUUGGGACCAAUGGUAGACCAAACCCUAGCGGGGGCUCCAUCACUGUACCCCUUUGUAUCGCCUGCAGUCAUUCGCAGUUCACUGUCAAUGUCAACAUGAUGGUCACGGGCAUCAUUUCCUGGUCCUUUGAUAGAACUGUGCUUGUCAAUGCCGGGAUUAAACCAGCGACGACCACUGUCUCAACCACAGCAAAAUCAACAACAGCGACAACAACAACACCACAACCGCCUACAACCACGCCGAAACCAUACGCGCAAUACAACAUGACGUUCCUGAGCGUCAACGGUAACAUCCUCAUCACGCCGACGUUCAACUUCACACUACACAACAAGCCCACCCUGGAACUAAAAAACAACAGCCACACGACAUUGCAUCUGAACUGUACGCAACACCAGUACGUCGAAUUGCCCAACACGGGAAUCCCGUGCAUGCAGGACUUGGCGACAUGCCAAAAAGGGUUCACGUUCAAAUUGGAGCUCGAAUUCACCGCGCUUAAUGCGUCCCAGAAGGCGUACAUACUUUCAAGCGGAGGCGACAGCGCAUCAAGCUCGGGGAUGGCAAUCUAUGUACAGAACAAUAUCCUGAUCUUCGGCGUAAAGCAUGGAACCCAGCAUUGGGCAGGGAAGUAUAAUAUGACUGGGAUCCUCAAGCUAAACGUUUGGUACAAGUUUGAGAUCAGCUGGGACAGCACCAAGGGUAUAUCAGUCCUUAUCGAUGGUUACCAGGUGAUACAUGAAAGUAGUUGGACACCAUCGCCGGAUGUAACCAAGACGAACGCCGUUCUGAUCGGGAAGACGGAGGGAGAGGAGGCGACUUCCUGUAUGAACAUCCGGGACCUUUUCACGUGGACGAUUCACAGAGAGGUGUUGGUCACUAUCGGGGUGUUACCAGCGCCUGCACCAUCCACGACGACGUCAACAACAACCACCACCACCACAACAACAACGCCGGCCCCUCCGACUCCGGCGCCGAUACCGAGCUACAGCUGGAGCCUGCUCAACAUCACAAACACUUUCGUCGUCGGUGUCGACUUCAACCUAACUGUACAUGGAACGCAGCCCGUACAGAACGUUGGCGUGCACAUGAACACGACCGGUUCGUUCGUGGAGAUCACCGCACAUCCGGGCAGCUGUCUGCUAAACCCGGCGGCCUGCCCCACCCUCGGGCUGACUCUCCAGAUCACCAUGCAGUUCCACAAGAUUGAAGAAAACACGUACAUCCUCACAAGCGGGGGACAGACGCCCGACGGCGUCGGAAUCGCGAUAUUGUACCGCUUCGGAAAGAUCCAGUUUGUUCUGACCACAUUCAACAUGUCAUGGUACGCGACUAUCGGUCGCAAUGAGCUUCAUCCGCAGCGUAAUCACACGGUCACGAUAUCGUGGAGUUUCACAUUGGGCAUUGAGAUAUUUGUCAACAACGUGCUCAUUGACCAUAACAACACACCGGUGCCUCACCGCCCGACGUUCAACGUCAACGCUACCGCGAUCUACAUCGGUAAACAGCCGGAUACCAACGUCAACGUCAACGUUGAUCUGACGCUGCAAGUGUUUACGUUCUGGUACGCACACAUACAGAUACUGGUGGACGCAGGAAUCUGCCCUCCCCCUGUGAGGCCGACAGAGCCGCCAACAACAACCAGAGCACCACCGUCAACAGUAACACCAACAACAGUCGCAGCGACAACCACCAGGCCGACCCUAUCUUCAGUUAUCACCGGAAAUACCAGCCCACAGCAGUGUCCCGCCGGAUGCAUCAGCAUAGGUGACCUCACCACGACCAGCACUUCCGCCACCAAGCCGCCGACUACGCCAGUUCCCACCACCCCGACCACCAAGUCGACGACCCCAACACCGACGACGACGCCGGCGCCUACCACCACCCCUACGACCACGCCUACGACAACUACGACUACGACGACAUUGCCGACCACGACGCGCAGUCAAGUACCGAACUAUCAGACGACGCCUACCAUCCAGGUUCACGUGACCGGAAGUCUGGUGUUCCUGGCCUGCACAUUUACUGGUUCCGCGCAGACGGGCGUUGAGAUCAAGGCGGAGUUGAUCGUGGACGGGAAGACCGUCCUCUCUAAGGUGGUUCCUGGCGAUACCGGCGUCGUUAUGUGGCUCGUUUCCGAGGUGAACUUACACCUGUAUGGGAAAAAGAUUCAAUGUACCGUGACGGCAAGUUUCACCGGAAGUGUGAUCACGACCCCGACGUUCAUCAGCAACGUGUUCACACCGCUGAUUACUGUAACACCCAACCAAUUGUUGGUGAUCGAGGGAAACUCCAGCGAGUUCAUCACCAUCACUUCCACCGCUCCGCCCCCGUUCUAUUGCUGCAACGGAUGCAAGGGGCAGUGUCAAGUACACAUUGUAGGCAUCUUUGAUUUGUACCGGAACUUCAUGAAGUGUGAGGGAAAGUACUACUCGCAGGCGUUGAUUGGAAGCACUAUACCUCCAAACUCUAACAAGCCCAUAUGUGGCUUCGCUCUUACAAUGGCCAACUGGAAUCAGGUCAACAAGGUCGAGGUCAAGGCUACCAUUGACCUUAUUAGAGACGGCGACCAUAGGAUCGAUCUUGGUAUCACUGCGCAUGUGUACAAUCAGCCAAUAAACGCGCAGAUCGCGGUGCAGCCUAGUCAAACGAUAUCUGUCACCGCCACCGCCAUUCAGGUGCACGUGAAAGAUAACGACCACAGCCCAUCUCAGUGCAAGUCUAUAAAUGACCCACACAUGACCACCUUCGAUGGCCUGGCAUACAACAUGCAUAAGGAGGGCGAGUUUAUCCUGUAUCGUCACACCUCUCUACCAUUUGAGGUCAGGGCAAUUUACCACAAGUGCAGCAAGAAUUCUGCGGCAACCUGCAAUUGCGCAGUCGCAGUGAAAUCCGGAGAUGACGUCAUCACGAUAACCGGAUGUCAGACGACCACUGGGUCUCACCCGGGUCAAGGUCAUGGAAUCGGCCUCGUUCUGCAGCAGUUGUUCGGUGUCCAUGGAAACGGGAACAAUGGUGAUCUGGCCCAGACACCGAUGACUAUUCAGAUGUAUAAGAACGGCGAGUUGACCCCGGGCACUUUUGUCCGAAGAUACGGCUGUGGACAGCGAUACGAGAUCGAGCUCCCUACAGGAAUGAUCAUCAAGGUUGAACAGAGCUGGAAACCGUUCAUCAACAUCUGGAUCACCGCCUCUACGCUGGAUUGGAAGAACACUGAGGGGUUGUGUGGCUCUUUCGAUGGCAAUGGAAGAAACGACCUAACACCGAAUGCCAACUCGUUCUCUGCAACAUGGCAAGUGAAUGGUCAGCAGAACUUUUUCUACGGCGUAAGCUCCUCCUCCCAAGGUGUCAACACGCCCUCCUACUGUAGCUGCAUCAAGGACAAGGAUACCAUGUGCUCCGCCGGAUAUGGCAUCAUCAAGUGUACAACAUCAAGGGACGACAUCACGACAGCUCUCGUACAGCAGUCGAAACUCCCGGUGCUCGUCACCCGCAGCAAACGACAGGCGCAAAAGGAACUCUUUGACAACGUGGAUAUACCCGAGGACGAAAACAAAUUAUCUCUUGUCGAGGCGUUGCGGCAGUGCAAAGACCACAUCACUAAGAACAAGAUGACGCAGUCCUGUAUGCCAGUAAUUAGCCCCAACCUCACACAGCAGUUCGAGAAUUGCGCCCAUGACUAUCAGCAAACCGGAAACUUCAAUUUCUCCGCUGACGCUUUGCGGGACAUCUCCGUAGAGUGUGUCGAUAACAUCCGUGUCAUCAAGGCGCUCAACGAAAGCAGAAACACUUCAAAUCCGGGUCUACCGGAAAUUCCCGAUCACGUCAACCUCGAUGACGUUUUGAACGACGCUUGUGUUGAGCCUUGUGGCGCCCAUGGAAAAUGUGUAGUUGGUACGUGCCAAUGCGAUGAUGGCUACUCGGGGGUCAAGUGCGAUAUCUCGAGCGACACCAUCCCCACCGUGUCUAUCGUUCCGUUGCUAUGCGACAUGUCGCAGACGCAGGAUUGCAUUGCGGCCAGAAUAUUCGGUCUGAACUUUGUCCAGUCCGAAAAGAUCACGUGUCAUUAUGAAUACGUCGAGGUAUCCAACGUCAUCACACCGACCAACGAAAGAGGCACGGUUCCAGUCGCCGUGUACGUGAGCAUCAAUGAGGUGAUGUGCGUACUUCCGGUCGCCAGGAGCGCUCGGAUACGUAUCAGCAACAACGGGCGCGACCCGAGCCCCAUGACGUCAGUGCACGUUGUGUACAGCGCCCUCUGUCAUGACUGUACGACACUCAACGAUACGGCGUACACGACCAAAUGUAUACGAAAGAACACCAACUGUUUCAUCGACGACCUGUGCGUUGAAGAUGGCAAAGGCAAAUACGGGGAUCAAUGUCAGAUCUGCCGAGCGGACGUGAAUAACCAUGAGUGGACGCAGAGUCAAGCGUCUGAUUGUGUUGCGGUGCCAAUGACCAGGACAGAAUCAGAAAAACUACAGCAGACGCAGAUCAUCAUCCUAGCGGUCGUCUGCGCCGUGUUUGCUGCCAUUAUUCUCGUGGGAUUGAUCUUCUUCUGCAGGAGCAGAGCCAAGAGCCCCAAGAAGAAAGAGUUCGGGCAAUAUGACGUUAGCCCCGCAGCCGACGUAGAACGUUGGGAAAGCCGGAAGUCAGCAAAUCCAUUCGACAAUCCUCAUUCAAAUCCAACCUACGAAGAAAAAUUAUAGAUGUAACAUUUGGAUAUAACACUAACACAUUAUUACAUUUACUAACGACACACUGAGAGAGCUUUAUGCAUGAAAAUUUUCAAUACCCUUGUCAUAAUCCUGCAUACUAGACUCGACUAUAAGUGAUACAUCAAUACGAAUAUCGAACUUAUUAAAAAGUGUGUCAUUUCAAAAGGUCAAUACAAAAAACAUAAUUUUUUUAUUGAAUAAAUUAUGUCAGCCAUGUUUUGGUCUUUUAAACAUCGUUAUAAUUUUAAAUGUAAAGGUCGAUCGCAAGCGUUGUUUUCUGCUGAGUGAAAAUGAUGUCUCAUUGUAUUUGUUAAACGUGUUUAUGUCUUUUCCGAUAAACAGAAAUAUAUUUUAAUAAACACUUAAGUCUUUUA